AUGUCCUUCGUGUAUUUUGAUGAUGGCUAUGUCUCUGGAGCGGCAUUGCAAGCCCAGCGGCGCUUCUUCUACCUGGGGGAUGCGCGGCCGGGGCCUCGGCCGACGGGUUGCCCGGUGUAUUUGUUCGCAGGAAUUUGGGAGGAACGUGACGCACUGAAGGAGGAGGAGGCGGCAAUUUGCUCUGGACGGAGGCUGUUCUGGCAGGUGCCCAGCAAGCAAGACUGGUCGAUGCAGGUUGCCUACUCGGCUCGGGCGGUCCCGCCACACCAGCAUGUGCCCGCCUUGGAGCGCUUUGACGAGCGAGUGCGCCACGCUUUCGUCAAUUGCACUGGGGUGCCGCUGUACGAGGGGGCUUGGCAUGCCCAUGCAGCUUACGUGGCGUCGCUGCUCGGGGCCAGGGGCCUGGCUGGCCGCGUUGAUGCGGCUUGGGAGGCCGAGGGACUGCCCGCUCUGGCAACUUUGCAACGAGCCUUGGAGGAGCUCAAUGCCAACCUCUUGCCGGCGGCCAGGCUGCCGUGGCCAUGCGAGGAGCGCCCUCGCCAGCAAGCUCUGUCGCGCAAGCUGGAUCGCGCGUGCCUUGAUGCUGAGCUUGCCACCGCGGAUGCGGCUACCAAAGCCCACCUUCGCCUGGUGGCCUCCGAUGGUGCGGGCGCGUGGCUCCACGCUUUGCCCACCACUGACCCGGCUACGCGCUUCGGCCCGGAGCUCUUCCGCAUUGCGCUCCGGCGCCGCUUGCGCGUUCCUGUCCAGGAGCAAGACACCCCUUGCGUUGCGUGCGGCAGGGCUAUGGAUGCUUGGGGUGACCAUGCUCUGGUCUGCAGCUGCCGUGGCGACCGGACUUUGCGCCACAAUGCUCUGCGGGACCUGGUGUGCUGGAUUGCCAAGCGAGCCGGAUGCCAGCCGGAAAAGGAGAAGGCGGGCCUCCUACCCGGCCGUCCGGACCAUGACCGGCUGUUCGAGGAUGCCACCAUUGGGCGCCGGCGUCCUGCGGACAUCUACCUGCCCCGUGGGCGCGAAGGGCAGCCUGUGUGCUGGGACUUCGCCGUCACGUCUGGGCUGCAGGCCCAGGAUUUGCACGGGUCCGCAGCUGGUGCCGAGUCCGUGGCUGCGCGGUACGAGCAGCGGAAGCGGGCGCACCUGGGCACCGAGGACCUUUGCAGAUCCGGCGGCUUGCAGUACGUGCCGGUGGUGCUCGAGGCGCACGGUGGUUCCUGGGGGCCGGCUGCCAAGAAGGCUUUUGCCUGGCUCAGUCAGGCUUGGGGGGCCGCGGAAGGCUUGUCGGGCGGGCAGGCGGCGGAACAACUAGCGCAGCGCAUCUCUUUGUCCCUUCACCGGGAGAACGCGUGCGCGGUUGUCCGUCGCCUGGUGCUGCCUGAGCCUGGCCAUGCUGAUAGCGGUCCGCUCUGGCCGCCGUUUGCUGCUGACGAUGCGAUGCCCAAAGCUGGCUACUGUUUGCUGCUUCUUCCCCUGCCGGUGGUGCUCCUAGUCUUCCGCGUCUGGGCGCUGCAGCGCCUCACCCGGCGCCUGGACACGGCGCUGCAGCGCCUCAGCUCCCAGCUGCAGGCCCUGCGAGAGUGCAGAAUGCUGGAGCUCAGCCCAGGUGCGGGUGCGCCGCUGCCGCCGCCUGUGGCUCAGGACAUCCUGACCCCUCCCGGCUUGCUGAAGGGCCCUGACUCCAUCCUGGGCGACAUCUACGAUGGCUUCGGCAGCUACCCGCUGGAGCUCGAGGCGCGGCGCCGCUUCGGCGCCAGCGACUGGGGCAUGCGGGUGCCACAGCUGCCGACGCAGGAGCUGGACGAGCACCGGCGCCGCUUCGGCGACAGCUUUCGGCGACAGACGCGGUACCAUGACUUAGGCGGGUUGGAGCGGGAGGUGGUCUUAGGAACGAUGCAAAAGCUCGUGUCGGAAUCGCCAGGUCUUGACUGGUACGACUACGACAGCCUUGGGCUGAGCAAGCUCAUAUCCCGGGGAUGA